CGUUUCAAUUGCAAAAUAAAUUUUAGUUGAAUACAAGACUUCAAAUGGUUUAGAAUGACUCUUGUAAUAAUUAUUGUUUCACUCAUAUUCGUAAUAUCAGUUAAUAGUCAAACAACUCUAACUCCUCCAAAAGAUUGUGGACUAAAUGCAACAUGGAGUUACUGUCACAGAAGAUGCCCUUACUCAUGUGCUAUGUUAAAUGAUCCACCUCAUUUUUGUCCAGGGGAUUGCAUUGAAGGUUGUAUGUGCAAUCGAGGAUAUUUUGGACAAGGAGGACUUUGUGUAUUACGAAGGGACUGUAACGUGACUGUUAAUCCUUAAAAUUCCUCAAAAAUGUAUUAUUUUUCUUUUAAAUUGGAAAAAAUAUUGUUCACUAAACAUUUCUUACUAAAUACGUAAUUUGUAUUAAUAAUUAAAUGUUUGAAAUAAAUUCAAAAAUCAUAUUA